CCCACGAUUCCUUGCUUGAUCUCUGCCCCGGAAGAAGUAGAGGGGACUCCUUAGGUGCUUGAGGGUGAACAGUUCUUGUUGGCCAAUAUGCUGUGCGGUGCUCGGCAGCAACUGCGGCAGCGGCUCCUACCCUUCCUCUUAGGAAGCAAGGGCUACCCGCCAGGGCGAAGCGGGACUCUGGGCAGCCAAAAUCCCGUUGUGCCUAUGGCCGUUUGUGCCUACGGUGCCACCGCGGGGCCAAUCGGGGUCGGGGGCUGGUACGAAACGCUAGCCUCAUCAGCCCCUGCCCACUGGGCGGAGGCAGUGCUAAUGGGAGCGCAGAACGCCACCGGGCUGCCGUGGUGGGCCAGCAUUGUCGUCACCACCGCAGCCUUGAGGAGCGCAGUCACGCUGCCGCUGGCCGCCUACCAGCACUACAUCCUCGCUAAGGUGGAAAAUUUGCAGCCAGAAAUAAAAAUAAUUGCCAAGAAUCUUAAUUAUGACAUUGCACUUCGAGCAAAAAACUUGGGAUGGUCAAAAAGAGUAACUAGGCUUACUUACCUGAACAGCAUGAGGAAGAUUGUUUCAGAACUGUAUAUUCGGGAUAAUUGUCAUCCAUUCAAAGCCACUCUGCUAGUAUGGAUUCAGAUACCAAUGUGGAUCUUUAUGUCUGUUGCUCUACGAAACUUCAGUCUAGGGAUAACAGAUUCAGAAGGAGACUUUUCUAUUAAGGAACAGUUUUCAACAGGUGGAGUCCUGUGGUUUCCUGAUCUCACUGUGCUUGACUCCACAUGGAUUCUUCCAGUCUCACUUGGAAUUCUCAAUUUGUUAAUAGUAGAGAUUUUUGCAUUACAAAAACUUAAAAUGUCCCGCUUUCAGAAGUAUAUCACACAUUUUACUCGUGGAAUAUCUGUGUUGAUGAUUCCCAUUGCUGCAACAGUACCCUCAUCAAUUGCUCUGUAUUGGUUCUGCUCCAGCUUCUUAGGCCUCUCGCAGAACCUGCUGCUGCGUUCCCCAGGAUUUCGCCAGCUCUGCCGCAUACCACAGACAAGAUCACAGUCAGACACUCCUUAUAAGGACCUCUUUGCUGCCUUUUGUGCCAGAUUCUUUUUAAGAAAAUGAUCUCUUCCCUAGGAAAAAAUCUGACUGUCCCAUCACUGAAAAAUAGAAGAUUAAGAUCUUGAUAAUAGUUCUUUUUGUGAUAUACAGUGCAGUUAGCUGGGCUUUAAAAUGCUGUUGUAAUAUAUGACACUUGUAUUUUAGACAAGUGAAGAGUGGGCAGAUUAAGAUUUGGUGAUUGGAUCAUGGAAACAUAAUUUGUUUUAUAUUUGAAGGAUGAGUGGGUGGAAUUGGCUAAGUUGUCAGAAAACAAUUAAAACCCUGAAUUACAAAAGGGAAGUAUCAAUAAAUCCCACAAAUCUGAAGCAGUAAUGACUUCUAUAAAGAAAAAGUUUCUGUUGACAUAUUAACUGGUAAUAAUUGCAGAGAGACCAACUGCAUGCUAUUUGAAUGAGAUAGUUAUGAAAAUUAUAAGAAAACUAACCUGGAAUGGAAUCAUGACUCAAAUCUUCACUGAAAUGAAUCAGUUGGUGUUUUCUUCUUCAUGCUUCAGUGAAACUGGAUGUCUCCAUUAAAAUGCCAAGGAGGGGAGUAAAUUCUACUGGAAGUUCUCUGCCUUUGAGGAAAGGUUGAAUAACUUAGGUUUUUUCAAGAAGAGGAAAGAACAGAGAAAAUGUUAGCCAUCAAGAGAAUGAGAGAAUUAUCCUCUAGUUCAGAUCAUUUUAUUAAUGAGCAAGUAUGUCCAAUUGGUUAUUAGACUACUCAGGGUUUAGAAUUGGGGUUAAAUUAGAGUACUUGAGUAUAGUGGUAUUAGACUCAAAUAGGCAUUCCUGAGAGCUGUACAUUGACUUUUAAAAAACCACAAAUUUAUACAUUGCAUUUUAUUAACAUUUCUCAGUUAUAUUUUAACUUGGUUUAACAGAAGCUUUACAUCUCUUUCCUAAUGAGUUCUAAGUAAGUUAGAGGUAUAGGGGCGGAGAAACCUAGGAUGCUAAAAUUUGCCCCAAAAGAAAUUAUUAGAUCUAAAUUAACUUGACAUGGUGAGAGAUCAGAUUUUUUUGUCAUUGUCUGUAUUAAUCUUCCUGUUUCCAAUGCAGUCGUUUCCUAAUUUCUUCAUAUCACUUUUCAUUAUCUUUCCAACACACCAUCUGUUAUUACUCCCAUUUAAAAAUAUGUCCCUCCAUUUCCUAUCACAUGAACACAUUAUCCAACACUCCAAGGUCUUCCAUGUCGAGAGCCACAGACAGUGGGGGAACUCUGGGUGAGGUAUGAGACAAUGUCUGGUUCAGCUCUCAUCUCCCCUUGUAUGUCUCACUCUUUCUGAAAAGUUGGGGAGGGGGGAUGACAACUUGUGUUCUACUUCAAAUAGAGAUACGGUAAAAGAGACAUUCAUAUUAAUAGCAGGGGGCUUAUAGUUAGCCUAUGCUCAGUGUGCUAUAGUGGUAUAAUUGUACUAAUGUAUUUAGGGACUGAGAGAACUUGAAAUAAAUGGACUCCAUGUUUGACCAUC